UAGUUGGCACUUGGCACAGGAUGUUUAGUCCAACAAGAAUCGCUGCACUCUCUCUCUUCCCUUCCGAGGUGCCCCUUUGGUUACAAUUUUCAGCUUCUUUUCUCCUCCAACCUUAAAUUUGAGACCUUUUUUUUCUUUAUACCCACCCCACUCCAGUUUCAUGUCUAAAAAUUCUUUCUUUGCCGGGUAACAUGCUGAGAAGGGUUUUCCCCAAGAACAUGGCUUUGAGUUUGGAUAACAACACUGGGGUAGUUCGUCCUGCAACAGAUGCUUAUGCUGCAGAGGCAGUUCAAGCUUUGAAAGCUGGCAAGGUUAUUGCGGUACCCACUGAUACACUCUAUGGAUUUGCUUGUGACGCUUGCUCGUUGGAAGCAGUUAACAGGAUAUAUGAGAUCAAAGGACGCAAACAUACAAGCCCUCUGGCUAUCUGUGGUGGAGAUGUAUCAGACAUCGACCAUUUUGCUGUAACUAGCCAUUUGCCUCGUGGCCUGCUUGAUUCCCUCCUUCCAGGACCUGUUACAGUUGUACUAAGUCGAGGAGACUCGAGUAUUCUUGAAAGAUCUUUGAACCCCGGAUUUGAUAGUGUGGGAGUUAGAGUGCCUGAUUGCAAUUUCAUGAGAGUGGUUGCUCGUGGUUCAGGAACUGCCCUGGCCCUUACCAGUGCAAACCUAAGUGGACAGUCAAGUAGUGUUUGCAUCAAAGAUUUUGAGAAUCUUUGGGAACAUUGUGCUUUUGUUUAUGAUGGUGGUUUGCUUCCAUCUGGUCGUGCAGGUUCAACAGUUGUGGACCUCACUACACCACACAAAUAUAAGAUACUCAGACCUGGAAGUGCAAAGGAAGAGACAAUUGCCAUCUUGGAAAAGCACUCUUUAGUUGAAGUAGUAACCACUUAAAUGAGCGCUGAUUCAUAUGCAGAGCCACGUUGUAAAGACAAUUCUUUCGCUGGGAAAUGUGAGAAACUAUCACCAAACCUACGUAUUUCCAUCAACUAUACACAUUAUCAGGUUGUCUUGAUACACAAGCAUAGCAUCCGUGGGAACAAAUACUUAGCAUUGGGAUGUUUUGUACUUAGUUGUUCAAUGUUCUGUAUCUCGUGAUUUAAAAGUUUAUUAUUUUAUUACAUAAUCAUGUUGUCAAGCAACGAACCUAACAUGUUAUAAGAAUGGAGAUUAUCAUAAUUAACCUAUAAUGGAUGAAAUUGAAAAAAGCCAGAAAAUUGGACAUUUUUAUCACCAGUUUACUUUGCAGUUGAUGAAACAGUUUAUACAGAAUCAUUGUGGAUUAUGAAUUGAGCGAUUACAGUAGUACUUGUGUAUCUGUACUUAAAAAAUAAGCAAGCACUUAGAAGUCACAUAGCUUCCUCAUUCGAUGAGGUACUGUUGAACAAGGAUAAUGCUAUAUCUGCAUGCAAUCCUCUUAGGGCCCGUUUGAUGCACCUGAUAAAGAGAAUAUGAUAGGAUACACUAUCAUAUUCUAUUUUUAUCCCAUGUUUGGUAAACCAACCGGAUAGGAUAGAUUUGUCAUAUUUGCUAAUUUCAUCCUUCCUGGAAGCGGAUAAGAUAUCCGAAGGGGUAGGCUGGGUUAGGAUUCAGCCGGAUAGGGUAACAAAAAUAGCUAGAGCGUUGGACGAAAAACUCCACAAACUACCUCAACAUUCACCUCCUCUACCUCCAAAGAUCCAAUGAGGUUCACGAUAUCUUCAACUCCAAUGCUAACCACAUCUGCUCCAAUAUCUCCUCCACCUACUAUCUCGCAGACAACGGCAGCUGCAAGAUCCGGGAAAUCGAUUUGGCCCAAUCAAGAAAUCAUCCGCGUAAACCAUAAUGCCACACUUGAGUUGAGAAUUCUAGAAGGCUCUAUUAUCGGAUAAAACCCCAAUAUUUGUUUAGGGUUUAUCUUUUCAUAGAUCCUCCACUUCCCAAGCUUCGCAGCAUUCUUUUGAUUAAGGUACAUUCUCUACUCUAGUUCUAUUUUUAUCCCCUUAAACGACUAAGCUUUUUGUUUGUUGGGAAAAUUAAGAAAACUUAAUUGGAUAACUCACCUAAUCUCAAAGGAUAACCAUGGAAUUGCUCGCUUCAAGCAAAAGCUUUUUUUUUCUUUUCUUUUUUUCUUUUUGUGUCCUUGGUUGUUGAUUACAUCUGAGAGAAAUUUGAGAAAAAAGAGAAACUGAAAGCGUUUCACCUGUGCUUCAUUUGCUAUUUAUGCUUUGUCCAGUUUGUGACAUUGCCACAAUUCCUUCCCAGAAGAACGAGCAUCAAUCAUACAAAAUGAUGCUCUUUGCGUAAGAACCUAUUGUGCUUGUUUUAAGGAAGUCCAAUAUUAGCAUUAGUAAAAAUCUUCUUGGACUUGCAUUUUGAAGGUUUUCUCCGGUUUAUUGAGAGUCUGGUGGGUUUGGUAAAAUUACUCUGUACAAACAGCAAUUCAUAUGGUUUUAUGCUUGAGAGCAUGGAAACGCAGCUGAUGAACACGUGAUAUAUCUUGCCUUUUUUGUUGAAACAAUUUUCUACCACUUAUUUUCGUUUCCUAUUAUCCUUCAUUUUCAUCUCGAAGGGGGUCCAAUAUCUUUAUUUUGCUUGUAAAUUGACAGACAUUAUAAUUUGGAUGCUUCUUUUCUGGGUAGUCUUUGUAAUGGAACCUAACAUGAUUGUUGAUAUAUAAGUCCUGGCCCUUAGGAUUGUUUCUAUUUCUAGUAUUUUGGUUUUUACAUAUAUGUUUUAACUCAAUGCUACUUGUGCCUGAUUGGUCAUUUCGUU